UCCCGCCGUGUCCCGGGGAGGGCGGAGCAGCGGGCUGCAGCCGCGGUUCCAGGUUUGUCCCGUUACACGUGGCAUUCCUGCCCCGUGCGCUCCCGGCACAGCUGGCAGCAGCUGGAGCGCUACGGGGGGAGCCGGACACACGGGACUCACCUGAAACAAGGGCUCCCCGCACCGCUGCCCCGGCCAUGCCGGCCCCCGCGCAGGCAGGGCGAGCCCCCGGCCCGCCCGACGGCGGCUGGGGAUGGGUGGUGGUUUUCGGAGCCUUCGUCUCCAUCGGCUUUGCCUACGCCUUCCCCAAAGGCUUGGCCAUCUUCUUCAAAGAAAUCCAGGAUUUCUUUGGCACGUCCUACAGCGAGAUCGCGUGGAUCUCCUCCAUCAUGCUGGCCACGACCUACGGGGCAGGUCCCAUCAGCAGCAUUUUGGUGAACCGCUAUGGCAGCCGCCCCGUGGUCAUGUUUGGGGGCCUCCUGUGUGGUGUGGGGAUGAUCUCAGCUGCCUUCUGCACCAGCAUCCUGCAGCUCUACAUCUGCGUGGGCUUCAUCACAGGAUUUGGCCUUGCUCUCAACCUUCAGCCAUCAGUGAUAAUCAUAGGCAAAUACUUCUUGAAGAGAAGACCCAUUGCCAAUGGCCUUGCUAUGGCAGGGAGCCCCGUGAUGCUUUGCACCCUGGCACCUCUCAACCAAUUCCUUUUUGACAAUUUUGGCUGGAGAGGCAGCUUUUUAAUCCUUGGGGCAAUUCUAUUAAACUGCUGUGUGGCAGGAGCUCUCUUCAGACCCAUCGGGGCAGGCACAGCACUGGUCAAAACCCAGGUGAAUGAGGAAGGGAAGGAUGCUCUGAAAGGAAAGAUCACUGAAGAUGGCUCCACAGGGAAAAAAAUAGAGGAGGAAGAAGGAAAGGACUGCUUUGAAAAAGUCAACCAGUACCUUGAUUUUUCCCUCUUUAAACACAGAGGGUUCUUGAUUUACCUGAUCGGAAACGUGCUCAUGUUCCUGGGGUUCUUCGCCCCCAUCGUUUUCCUGGCUCCCUAUGCAAAGCACACUGGCAUUGAUGAAUACUCAGCUGCUUUCCUGCUUUCCAUCCUUGCCAUUGUGGACAUGGUUGCUCGCCCUGCCACGGGCAUCGUGGCCAACAGCCGCUGGGUGAGGCCCAGGAUCCAGUACUUCUUCAGCUUCGCCAUCGCCUUCAACGGGGCCUGCCACCUGCUGUGCCCGCUGGCCUCCAGCUACACGGGGCUCCUGGUGUACUCCAGCUUCUUUGGCUUGGCCUUUGGCAUGGUGUGUGCCAUGCUCUUCGAGACGCUGAUGGACCUGGUGGGAGCGGCGCGCUUCACCAGCGCCGUCGGCCUGGUCACCAUCGCCGAGUGCUGCACCAUACUGCUGGGGCCGCCCAUUGGAGGAAUUCUUAUUGAUACCUUUGGGGACUAUAAAUAUAUGUUCAUUAAAUGUGGAGCUGUGAUGGUCCUGGCAGGAACCUUUCUGUUCAUCAUGAAUUAUUAUAAUUAUCGUAUGCUUGCCAAGGAGGAGAAGGAAAGAAAGAUGAAAGAAGAUCAUCUUAAAUCUGUAAGAACAGAAAAUGAAGGCAAAAAAAACUGGAACAAAGACUCCACUCAGGAUGGGCCUGAGCUGGAACCUUUGAGAGAGAAGGGAGAAGGAAUAAAGAAGGAAAUGAAUGGCACAAAUAAAGUUUAAACUUGUUCAUGUGGGCUGAAUGGGAAAUGACUUCUGAGCUGCUCAAGUGAGCAUCAGCUGUGAAAUCACACUAGGUUUUAAAAUUUUACUCUCUUCUCUGCCAUGUGCAUUCUCUUCUUUGUUGUAGGAGAAGACUAGAACAGAAACAAGCCCUGAUUCUUAUAAACUGCUGGGACACUGCAGUAUCCACUUGCAUACCAAACAUCCUGCAAGACUUUCCAUUAGAUAUUUCCAUUUCCCAGGGAAAAGGGAAAGGUGAUGUUUUGCAGGGGCCAGGACAAGGCUGACAUGAGACAGGAGUCCUUCUUCAGGUGCUUUGUCUGUGCAGGGCAGAAUUUUAGUCUUAAGCUUAACCCUUGACCUACAUUUGAACAGUACAAAUUUAACUUUUCCCCAGGAAGUUACAAAGUCCUUAUUAUCCAAUUUCUGAGUGCCUUACCAUUUCUAGUGAGCUUUUUCUUUGCAACACCCUGGUGAGACAGUAAGUGUUGCCACAAUUAAUUAAUUGCACAAAUGAAGAACUGAAGCACAGAGGAGCUUUGGGCAUCAUUGCAUCAGUGAAUAAAGCUUAGGUGUGCCAGAGCUGAAAUGGAAACCACUGACUUAGUUGCCUCCAAGCCCUGCUGAGCACAGGUAUCCCCUUGCUAGAAAUUAGGGAAUACAAAGGACAGUGGUGCAUCAAGCCACAGUGCACUCUGCUCCCUGUGUGCCUCACACAGGAUUAGUGAUUUUGAACCCUGUCUCACAGAUGGGACCUUGAGCCAUAUUUUUUUAACCUGCUUCAGUUGCAUCCCUCCUGGAGGGAAUCCAAGCCCAGCUGCCUCCCCUGGUUUGGGCUGGAGCAGGCAGCUCCCUGGUGCCUGCUGGCCUCAUUCCAUCCUCUCACAUUCAGUAAAGUUUGCCCAGGCUGGUGAUGCAGAGCUGGAGCUGAGACCACUUAGGAGGCUCUCACCCUGUGGUGAUAAUUUUGAUCUGGGAAUUUUAUAUAUUAUAUAUAUUUUAUACCAAGCAGCUGUUGCCCUAGAGCCAUUGAUGCUGAGCAUAGCAUCAUGCAGUUGAACCAUCAGAUUUCUGUGGAUUUUCAUGGAUUUGAUUAGAUAAAAAACAAGGAUUGUUCAGGCAGAUUACCCAAAUCCAAAGCUAAAACUAGUCCAAAAGUUAGUUCUCCUUUUUCUUUGUUUCAAUGGUAUGUGAUCAAUCAUAUUUUUUCAUGUUUUUGUCUUUGAAGAACUGUGUUUUCUUGUCACUUGUGUACACAAUAUGAAGAAAGGCUUGUAAAAAUACUUUCACAAAUACACUGUAAUCUUAAAAUUAGGUCGUUCUUAUCUUCUUGUACAAAAUCUUUUCUGUGAAUUCUUUUGCUUCUUUGAAGAAUAGUGGUCUUUGAUUUCAGUAGGACUUAAAUUUUAGCCUUAUGCCAUGAUUUGUAUUUUCUCUGAAAAAAACCACAACAGAUAUGAAUUAAUUAGGCCUCCAGUGCUGGUUCUUAAUACCUUUUAUUUCUGUCAAAUAUAUUUGUGAUAUUUCAUUUAAAAAGGCAUUAGUAAAAGAUUGUGAGUAUUUUCCAAUAUGCCUUCUGUCAUAUACUGUCAUAUACUUAAUAAAACUAUUUUUAAAAACUA